UGAUUUUGAUGCUAUUUCGUGCCAACCAGUUCGGCUUGCCUGCCCGCAUUCGCUUUGCCUUGCCACACGCAUGAAUUGAAUUCUGCGCAGCCGCAAACAAUCAAACCCCCUGUGAAACACAACAUCGAAGCAUAACAAUUUCAUCAAUCUGAGCAAAAGCGUGCAGUGAAAAGCAUGUCCGAGCAAAUGGACCAAAUUGGGUUACCGCCCGGUUGGGACUGUAAAUACGAUUCCAGAACGGGUCGCUACUACUAUGUGAACCUGUUUACCAAGACGACGCAAUGGGAGGACCCUCGGGCCAGGAUCCGCCAGCUGCAAACUGGAGCACCACUUCACAUCUCUAACGACAGCAUUUCCAUGCAGCCAGUGCAUGGUUCUCCCUAUCAUGUGUACCCUUCGAGUAACUCGUUCUAUCCAGCCCAGGCCGCCUUCCAGAAUCCACCCUCCGGUGUGCCUAGCCUUAAUGCUAGCCCGAACCUUGCCCAAAGACUGCAACAGCAACAGCUUCAGCAGCAACAGCAGCAGCACAUCGAAAUGUCACCGAUGGUACGGUCCAGCCCGCGCAUGGGACUCGGCCGCCAGGGCAUGGUGGAGACCACGUUCACGACGAACGUGACGGCAGCGGAAACCGAUCUAACGGUGGCUAAAAUUAACUCCAUGUUCCCUACCGUACCGGAAACCCACAUCCGGAUGCUGUUGAAGAAGUACUACAACCGAGAGGCGGUCGUAAUAAGCGCACUGCAGGUGGAGAAACAUCCGCUAACGACGCCGGGUCCCUACUCGACGCCACCGCUCGGCCAUCGCCCGUUCCACAACACGGCCAUGGGCGUGGUGUCCGCGUUCCAGAUGACACCGGUGCUGGGAGGACGCAGCGAAAUGUCCAGCUCGCGUACGGGAAGCCCCGUACCGCGGCCGGCCAGCGGUGCUAGCGGUAGCUAUGCUGGCGGGUACGGUGGCGGAUACGGAUCACCACGGAACGGACCGGGGGACGGUUAUCGCAGCUCGCCGAAACCACACUCGUCGCCGAAGAUGAAGCUGAGAUACAUGAAAAGCAUCUUCCCAAAGGCGGAAGAAACGCUCAUUCUCGACGUGCUGGCUAACGCGGACAAUAACGUACAGAACGCUUCCCAGCAGCUGCUAUCGAUGGGUUACGAUAAGCGCGAACAACCGAUUCCGCAGCGUAAUUCCGCCUCACGCAAAGGUACCGGUACGUCGCAAGCGACCGAAGAUGACAAAAAGGAGGAACAGAAAACGCCUACACCGAAGCUAAAGUCACCGGAAGAAAAGAAGAAAAUUAAAUCACGCCUGCAGACAAAGUAUAAGGAUACGCCGGAGAAAAUCAUUCUAAUGGCACUGGAAAGCGUGGACUAUUCGGAGGAACGCGCCAAAAAGAUACUGAACAUUGUUAUCCAGGAGGAUAAGGAUAAGAAGAAGAGUGUCAAGAUUGAGGCACCACACAAAUCCGAGGAGGAUAAGGAAAAUGCCCGCGGUACGGGAAGCGCUGGGCCAAGUCGAAGCAAUAGCACCGCUUCGUCACAGCCCCGCACACCGCUGGCCAAACGUGCCCACGAUGGCGGUGUCCUUGCUUCAUCGGCCGCAGCAGCAGCAGCAGCAGGAAGCUCCGAGGGUCCAGGAUCAACCACGGUGGAUGGUGUUAAGUCCACGGACAAGCAGGAAGCAUUGGCGGGAAGUGCCACUGCAAGCGCAGCCAAAUGCUCCGACCCCGAAACGAGCCCACCCGGUACGACGGAGGAGUCAUCCAGCAGCGAUAGUACCCCCGGCGAUGACUCAUCCCCCGACUAUCCGUCCGCGAAGGUGCGGGAAAACGGUGCACGCAGCGGUGCGGUUGGUGUUGGCAAGCAGAACCGCCCGAAAGCCAAAACCGAUCACGCAAAGUAUUCUAUUUUUAGAACAUCCUCCUCGGAAGACGAAUCCAGCGAGAUGGCAAGCAAGGGUUCGGAUGGCAAAAUGGAUAGCAAAUCGUCCCAGCUAGCGUCCCGCAUACCCACCAAGGGACCGAACAUGAAGCUAUUCAAGGGUCCGAACGAUGAUUUGCUGCUUACCGACUACGUCACCUGGAACGGUGCCAAUCCGGAUCUUGCCAAGGGCAGUCAAAAGAAGGCAACUGGUACCGAUCGCACGAUACGUACGGAACGUACGUACAAAGCGCACGGUCCAAACGCGGAACUGUGCAAGGGUCCGGUCGGUUCGCUAGCGAAGGGCAGCAUGUACACGCAGCUGAUGAAAGCGGACGUGAAGUGUAACUAGUUGUGGAACACGUAAGAUGUUCUGCCGGAGGAAUGGAACCGAUUCGUCACCUCCAGGAACAUUCGGUCGUUUCUUUUUGUUUUUUAUAUUCUCCCCAAAAUCCAUCCAAAAUUAACGUGAUGUUUUGAUAGAUGUAGGCCCCCCAAAUUGGCUGAUAUGGCGCAACUUGCGCGAUGUGUAAUGUUAGAGUGUUGGAAUUCAUCCCUAGUUGUGACACUGUUUAGAUAAAACAAAAUUGACUGUACUAAGAUGAAGGUUGAAGCAAAUCUACCGGAGCACGCAUAGGAGAAGGUUGAUGUUGGUACUAUUCGAUGUUAAUUUCACACCGACUUGAUCGUGCCAUAAGGUUUCUUGUCAUUCUACACAUUUACAUAAAUAAUUCCAUUCAAACGGGUGCCAAUUUUUGUGAAAGAUAACGUUUUAACGACGAUGGCCUAUUUUUAUGCGU